AUGUCCGACAACAUCAAACCUUCUUCCCUAGAACCAUCCAUGUCACAUAACACCAAACCUUCUUCCUCAACAGCACCCAACACUAACCCUUCGAACACACAACCUCGUAAAAAACUUAUCAUCAAGCUCAGUUAUCCUCCUGGUUCAAGAAAACGCGAUUCAGAUUCUUGUGCCACAGAUGAAAACAAGAGAAGGAAGAUUCAAGAUUCUGUAAAACCAACCGUAUCCUGUUAUUGGGUUGAUUCAAAUUAUCAAACCAAAUCAACAGUUUUGUCUCAACCAAAGAAUAAUGGCAAUGUUGUUGAAAACAAGAAGAUCAUCAAGAACCAAGUUUCCAACACGACACCUUUGUCUCAACCAAAGGAUAAUGACAAUGUUGUUGAAGACAAGAAGAUGAUCAAGAACCAAGUUUCCAAAACAACACCUUUGUCUCAACCAAAGGAUAACAUGAAGGAUUCAACAACGAGAGGUAAAGAAUGUGGGUUGAAGAAAGCGAUGGAGUGUGUUAAGAGGAGGCAAUGUUGGUUGAUAUUGAAGAGGAUGUUGGUAGACAGAGAUGGUUGGGAUUUGAAAGAUCCUCCAAAAAUAGCAAAGUCUAAUAAGUGUAAGAUAAAGGCAAUAGGUUUGAAGGAAAUAGAGAGAAAAAUGAGAUUGUAUGCAACAGAGGAUGAGUUUGCUAGCGACAUGAGACUUGUGUUCUCUAAUGCAAUGGUAAUGUAUCCUCCAAGGAAUCAUAUUUACCAAAUUGCAAAAAAGUUUAGUGACACUUUUGAACACAAAUGGAAGUCAUUGAAGAAUACGUGGGAACUUGAGGAUACAAAAAGAAGCAACACUCAAAAGAGAUACUAA